UGGCGUCAUCGGAGCGCGCCGGGAACGCCCAGGAUGUGUGACUCUGGAUUUGUCGGCUGCGGAUAAAUGUCCGAGGCAGCUGAAGGUGCAAUGCUUCGCUUUCCAGCCUUGCGAGAAGUCGGGUGCCACGCGUGGAUUGGAGCCGCAGUUCCUACUGCGGUGUCGCCGGGCUGACCACGGAGGACACCGCUUGUCUGUCUCCGCCUCCGGCCAUCCGUGAAUACCAGGUGAUACUUAAAUACCUGUGCUUUGGACACUGUGUUCAUAAUGGAGUUUCCUGACUUGGGGAAGCACUGUUCAGAACCAACUUGUAAGCAACUAGAUUUUCUGCCAAUAACAUGUGACGAGUGUAAACAAGAUUUCUGUAAAGACCAUUUUUCCUAUUCGGGGCACAAGUGUCCCUUUGCAUUCAAGAAGGAUGUACAGGUGCCCGUGUGUCCGCUCUGUAAUGUCCCCAUCCCUGUGAGAAGAGGCGAAAGCCCAGAUGUGGUGGUCAGUGAGCACAUGGACAGAGACUGCACCUUUCACCCUGGGAGGAACAAAAACAAGGUGUUCACACACCGCUGCUCCAAAGAGGGAUGCCGGAAGAAGGAGAUGCUGCAGCUGGCUUGCGCUCAGUGCCAUGGCAACUUCUGCAUUCAGCACAGGCAUCCUCUGGACCACAGCUGCCAAGCUGGAAGUAGCUCGGCCAACAGAGGGAGGGCGUCAGCAUCCAGAGCUCCUGACGAGAAGCCACGGGGAAUCAGUUGGCUGGCCCAGCGACUCAGGUACUAGUCCAAAUGGCAUGUGAGACUUCAGCUGUGGUUUUCAAAGGCUUGAUGCACUGUGCUUCCCUAAGAAAGGCCAGGCCACAUAACUGUUUCUAGAAUGUCCCAAGUGGCCUCCAAGGCCCUCUUACCAUGACAGACUUUCAUAGCAUGCCUUCUCGGUAGUCCUGACAUGUGCAAUCA